AUGGAGUGUUCGCAGAAUGAUGUCAUCAAUGCUUCCGAAACAGAUUUCGAGAUAGAUUUGGAUGAUGUGAUCAACAAUAACAAUGUCGGAGGAACCGAAACAGAUAUUUUCAAUAAUUUGCUGACCGCAAUCUCCGAAUCGCUGAGCAAUAUAUCGGUGAACACUGCGAUGACUGGAGAAACCGUCGAACAAAGCUUGAAUGCGCACGCCGAUCCUUCGUUGAACACCAGAAUCUCGAUGAGCACGGCAUCUGAAUUCAGCGUCCAAACCCCACCCCUAAUUGACCAUUUCUACUGUAACCCAAAGCCUCUUCAAGUAUGGAAAGAUGAAAAUGGAAUCAAGGAGUUCGAGAUGACAUGCAAUGAGAAGAAGGUGGUGGUUGUGGAUUCCCUGGAAUGCCUGGAACGCCUUCAGAACAAUUACUAUCCAUUGGAACCGGUUUAUUUUGAUCCACGUGUCUACUUGACAAUUCCGUAUGGAGAGCCAGAGGGAGAGUUUGAUUUUGAGCAAGAAUCGAAAUAUGAGGUGGACCAGGAGGAUGAUGUGGUUACUGCAGAACUUGGACCCAAUUUCGAAGAGUUUGAGGAUUGGGUUCAAGAGAAUGGAGGAUAA